UCCAGUGUGCUAAUGGAACUCAAUGAGUGGCAAGGUCGUCAACGUUUUCUCUUGGAUCUAAUGCUCCAAGUCCACAAACCUUUGCUCCAUGAGGAACUCAUUGGAAUGGGAAACCAACUUAACGAAGAUCCACAAGCAUAUAAAAAAGGCUCUUGGAGAUAUAUAAAAGACUUUCUGGAGCGAGUACAUCAGAAUCGAGUGCCGCGACCUUUUGUCAUCUUAAAUCAGCUGGAUGAGGAAAUGCCUGUGAACAUGUUAGGAGUCUACCGUUUUUUAGUCAUGGCCAAGGAUUGGACUUCCUUCCAGCAAAACGCCUGCUUUGCCAGGAUCCACUUUCAUCCGAUGCUCUUUGUCAAUGCCCUGCAGUUAGCAGUGGCCGAGAGGGAGGACACUAGGGAUCUGCGGAUGCCAGCCAUGUAUGAGGUGCUGCCACAGCUUUAUUUUGAGAAGGAAGUGGUUCUGGCGGCCCAGGAAAUCGCCUGGCAUCAAUUGACUCCCAUCAGAAUGGUGACACCCAAACGCAGAUGGAGGGAUAUCUUUCUGGGGUACCUUAUGCCUAGGCCAUUCUGGACGGAAGGGGAACCCAUGUCUGCAGAUCCUCUCGUUAUUGAUAAUGGAAGGGAGUUGGCUCAUCUAAGCCUAGACUUGGAACUUAACUCGCACUGGAACAACCUGAUUAAUCGUCUGAUUAUAUCCAUUGAAGAAGGAAAAGAGCGGAUAAAUGAUCCUAUUAUUAUAGAUGGCGAUCGCAUGGUCGCCUUUAGAGGUCACUUUGAUGAAGUCAGCUAUACAAAUCAGUUGGCGAUGGGACCACAUGUUCAGAACUCUCAAAUAUAUCUAUACAACCUAAAGCAAUUUGUGGCUGCAUUGACUAUGGAUGACCUGGCAACGGGAAAAAGAUCGAUGGAUCUGAUUGAUCCACCCCUGAUGACAACUGGUGGAGUUCCUUAUAAAGGUACCUCCUUAAAUAUCGAAGCUGUUAGGCGCAUCUUAGAAUUGACCAUUGAAGACCUAAAAGAUCAAAUUAACAAGGCGGUGAUUGAUAAUAACAAUUCCUUGGAUAACUUAUCAAUAGCUGGACAGAUGAUAGCAAAUAAUUAUCUUCACAUUUGUCGCCAACUAAGUCUGGCUAUAAAUGGAAAUGAUAUAAGUAGACCACAUAUGCUUGGCUUGACUACGGCCAAUCUUAGAGAUCCCAUCUAUCGACUGCUGCUCUUCCGCUUAAAUGAAAUGUUAAAAAGUUAUGAAAAUUGGAAUUUAUCUAAAAGUGGAGGAGGAAUUGUGCCCACAAAAAUAAUUGAUAUCAAAGUAAGUCGCCUACAGACUUAUGAGGAAACGGUGAAUACGGAUCUCAUCAAUCUGAUUGACCAGCAGCUGCUUCAAUCGCACCGAAAUAAUUUACAAUUCCUGCGUCGACAUCUUGUGGCCAGCCAGCAUCGUCUCAAUCAUUAUCCUUUUAGUAUAGGCCUGGAUAUAAACGCUACCGCCGACAUGAUUACUCAGACUAACAUGUAUAUAGCUCCAUCAAAUCAAUUGGGUCUGCGUUUACACCUGGAUAGCUUUAAAUGCUCUCUAAAAAAGGGCAUAAAUCAUAUCGAACGUCUAUUCCCAGCAAGCGGCGCUAAACCCACGCUAAGUGAACUAUAUGAAGCCGAUUACCCAUCAGCAGAGAGAACCAAUUCUAACCGAUUCCCCCCACAUCUUUUAUUGCCAAGGGGGACUAGAGCAGGCCUCAAACUUCAAUUACUUGUGGAACUCACUGCCUGGACUGGCUUGGAGCAGGAGUUUUGUGGGGUGUCUGUCCCUGUCCUGACCCAAACUCUGAAGGAUGUGAUAAUCUUUCAUCACCAGGCCUGA